UGCUUUUUUUUUUUAAUAAAAAAAUGUUAAAAUAACUAUCAGCAGUUGCAAAAAAUGGUGGCGGCAGAGGUCUCUUCCCCCAGGAAGAAUUGCCUGAGCUGGUGCAGGGUCCGUACACAAUGAAAGAAACUGAGUGGGUGGCUUUGCUAGACGAAGAGCUGAAGAAACUCAAUGCUUUCGCUAUGGCCAAGGAGGAAGACUUCGUCAUCAAACACAACAUCCUGAGGCGCAAGUCGGACCAACUGACUUCAGCCUGCGACAAUUUCUUGGAGUGCGAGCGGUGUGCAGAGUUGUUGAAUGACUUGACGACUGAAAUCGUCAGGUUUCACAGCGAACUGGUAUUCCUUAUUCAUUUCAGAGACCUUAAUUACACUGGGCUGGCGAAGAUUCUGAAGAAGCACGAUAAGCGAACGGGCAUGCUUCUUCGAGAUCCGUAUCUACAGAUGGCUCUAUGCCAGCCUUUCUGCGUAACAGACCAAGUGACAAAGAUGAUUAGGUGGUGUGAAGAUAAGCUACAGCUUCUCAUGGGGCCCCGGCACGCCCAGGAUUGGCACGACGAUGUCAGUUUAAUCGAUGCGAGCGGGCUGAUCGAGGACUCAUCGAUGAGGGAUGUACAUAGGAGUCAAGUUGCCGCGCUCAGAAUACUGGAGGAGCUAGUAAAUUCUGCUAGUACUCCCUCUGUGAUCCCAAUGCCUCCAAUUAUGGUGACCCGGGCCCGCUCACGAGGGUCGUCCCGUUUACGGCCUGGCGGGAAUCCGGUGGCAAAUGAGCAGGUCGACAGUGAGGACGAUGUCGAGGCCGCAGCAGCCGACAGGGAUGACGAAAGCAACGAUGAAGGUGUGCCUGCUGAUGUGGCAACUGCUGGGCUAUCAGGUGAUCAUGAGGCCGGCAGCAGAGCUGCGAUCUUGCAACGGAACAGUGUUCGGACGUCAUCAGAAGACGGUAACUGUGCAGGCGAAACGCAGAAUGCAGAAAAUCAGCAGCAAAAAGCCAAGCACCCAGAAGCACCUGCGCCCCCCCGGGCAGAUGACGAACGCACAACAUGUGAAAGGAAUGAGGAGAGCGUCAAUGCGGAGAGAAAACUGUCAGAGGAGGAGCAUCAGCAGCAGGACACUGACACUGACACUCCCAUCGCUCCUCUUACCUACACGGGUGUGAGCGAUGUCGCAGAAAAAAAAAGACCAAGCUAGGAGGAAGUUCCAAGACAAGUGCAGAUGGCAGCACUUGAAAACAGUUUUAUCUUUUUGCUGCUGUUAAUAACUUUUGCCAGCCUCUGAGGUGUGUUCAGGAAAAGACCAGGGUGGUGCGCGCUGAACUCGAACUCAUGGAACUCAUGGAACUCAUGAAAAGAUGGAGCUCAUGGAACUCGUGAAACUUGGAGCCCAUGGAACUCAUGAAAACUUGGAACUGAUGGGACUCAUGGAACUCAUGAAAACUUGGAACUCAUGGAACUCAUGAAAACUUGGAACUGAUGGAACUGAUGGAACUCAUGGAACUGAUGGGACUCGUCAAAGGCGGUACGCUUGGAACUCGUCAGAACUUGUUUUAAAUUGUGAGUUUGAAGUUCGAAGAAGUGUGACAUAAUAUGCGGCAAGGCAAGUGGCUGGCAACGCAUCGGGCCUCGCUCCACUACUCAACAUUCUACAUGGAGUCGGAUGCUUUCUGGACCAGGGGCAUUCCAACGACUCCCAGACCGACGUUUUGAACGUACUGGGAUGAUCAUGAGGUCAGAGACAUAUAGAGUGUCCUGUAGUGGAGCGAGACCCAUUGUCUGUUGAUCCUACACCACUUACUGUGCACUGGAAACUC